AUGGCCAACGAUGACCAGUCGCACCGGUAUCAAACAUCACCGCCUCUCAGAAACUGGGAACAUAUUUACCCUCACUCGCAUCACGGCACUCCAGCACAGGAGUACUCAGGAUUCAAUUUCAGUAGCCCACAAAUUCCGAUGGAGCCGAGCGCAUUCAGCAGCAGUAUCCAGCAACGGCCUAUGUAUCAGCAAUUGCAACCGUUGGUCAUGCCGCAAUGGCCGUCGAUGCUGAGUAGUCAGUCUCACCAGCCUUUCCAGCCAAUCUUUCCUCAGCCGAUUCAACCAAUCCAGCCAGUUACCAUAGGCGCUCUACAAACACCAGUAUCGGCAGUCUCGUCCAAAUCUUCGUCGACGCCACGCAAGACGUUGACUGAUCUGGAUCGCAAGCGAAUGUGUCAGUACGCUGAAGACAAUCCCAACAGCAAGCAGACCGAAAUUGGAGCCAUCUUUGGGGUUGAGCGGAGCACCGUUUCGAAGGUCUUGCGACAAAAGGAGAAAUAUCUGUGUCAAGACGAUGGCAGUCGUUCGCCCGUGAAACGGGCAAAAGGACGAUCGCCCGACAUCGAACGAGCCCUCGCUGUAUGGGCGAAAAAUCAGGAAAGAAAAGGCAUGCCGCUUACUGACGAAGUCAUUCGGGAGAAGGCGCGCGCUUUCGCGUCCACCUCUUCGACCCCCGAAAGCCAUCAUGUGGUCAGCUCCAGCUGGAUUGAGAAAUUCAAGUUAAAGAAUAACCUGAUGGGCGCACGAUCGCGAAAAGGUUCGCUUGCGCCUGAUGAUGCCGAUGUCCUCUCAGCGACAGCGUCCUCGUCACACACGCCGUGUGGCACGUCCCCAGUCUCGCCACAAGGGGUGGGCUCUCCAUCACCAGUCGACUUACAUAGCACGAGAAGUCAGGAAAGCCUCAGAAAUGAUAGUCCAGGGGGCUAUCUCGACUUCUCUGGACGACACGGUCCGUUCCAUUCGCAGAGCGCCACUUCACUGAACAGCGCAUUCACAGACACUGCGCCGUCCUCGUUUUCGCCGGGACCGCUGAGUCCCACAUCACCUUUCUUUACACCUGACUCGGGAACAGCGCCAAGUCCCUUCAUACAACAGCCACCAUUGACGGCGCGGCCGGUUCUGCCAGCAACGACGCGUAACAGUAACAACCAGCGACCACGAAGCCAGACGUUUCCACUCAUGGAUCAAUACGCUUCAGCGGACGCAGCAACGCCAACAUACAUUUCUGCAACAGUCCUUGACUCCCCAAUGGAAGAAGCUCCGGACCCGAUAGCGAGCAUAGAUGGGACCGUGCGAUCAGCGCGGCACGAGGAGCGUCCGAGCACGACAACCCCAGCAGAGACAAUGCGACCGCCGCCGCUGCCGGCGCAUGUCCUUGAAAUCAGGCGAGAGCUCACUCCUUCAACGUCCAAUUCCUCACUCCGGGCGACCACGAGCCCGGAAGAAGCAUUGCGCGCUCUCGAGGUCGUGCACAGCUUCUUUGAGCAGCAGCCGAAUGGCUUCCUGGACUUCCAAGAGAGCGUCACGAUGGGUAAGCUCAUGGAGAAGUUGAAGCUGCGGUCGCGCGCCAGCAGCGGCUUAUGA